GUAACUUAAUUCGCUAAAGUGGAAGAGGUUGUUUUAGGGCGGAGGACCGUUUUCCGAUAUCCUGUUUCACUGAAGAGUAAACGGGGUAAAAUGGCGAAACGAAGAAUCACGCAGGAAACCUUUGAUGAUGCUGUUCGGGAAAACAUGGAGGAGUUUGAGAUGAAUCCAGAAGAUGCUCUCAGAGAUGCAGUGGAGCAAUUUGAGUCGCAAGGUGUAGACCUCACUUGUAUAGUUAAGGCUGUGCCUGCUGUAUCAUCUGAUGACAAACAAGAAGAGCAAACUCAUGAGGUCCUAAAGGCUUUGGAUUCUCUUCGAAUUGGAAAAGACUCUGCUGCUGUAGCUGAUGUGACAGCAGACAUGAAAUGCUUCACUGAGCAGUGCUCUGUUGGAUUUGCUCAGAGAUAUCUGGCUGCUCAAAAAGACGCCUAUCCCACCAUCCUGUCCUACUGCAAAAAGAGCGUGGAGGAGCAGGACUCUGUGUUGACGGCGCUGUCCGCUCUGGCUGCACUGACAGAUGGACAGCCGGACUUGUUGGAUGCAGAAGGACAACAGUUUCUUUUGGAUGUCCUGAAGAAACACCAAGCAGAUUCUUCGGUGACGUGUGUUGCCAUCUGCGUGGUGCGUCACUGCUGCUUAAAGCACGAACAGAACAGGCAGGAUCUGGUUAAAGGUGGCCUGCUGCCAUUGUUGACUCGUGCUAUUACACAACACAGUGGAUGCGCGGAGCUGAUCAAACAGGCCUCGUCAGCUCUCAGGGUCAUGACCUUUGAUGACGAUGUUCGAGUUACAUUUGGGAAUGCUCAUGAGCAUGCUAAAAUGAUCGUUCUUGAGCACAAUGGGCUGAAGAUAUUAAUUGAUUCUGCAACAGCUCACCCUAAUAACACGUCUGUUCUGAGUGAGCUGUGUGCAACUUUAGCCCGCCUGGCUGUCAGGAACGAGUUUUGUCAAGACAUCUGUGAUCUUGGUGGAUUAAAGCUCAUUAUGACGUUGCUUGCCGAUAGCUAUGAAUCAGCGGUAGUGUACAAUAAUAAUAAUAAGGAGCUGGUCCGGCAGGUCCUCAGCGCUAUACGUGCUAUAGCGGGAAACGAUGACGUGAAAGACGCAGUUGUCAGUGCUGGUGGCGUGGAGCUCAUUGUCAUUGCCAUGAACAGACACAUGACAAACCCUACUGUCUGUGAGCAGGGCUGUGCUUGCCUCUCUGUUCUUGCCUUACGUAAACCCAACAACUGCAAAGCCAUUAUGGAGAAUGGAGGCGCCUUUGCUGCUGUGCAGGCCAUGAAGGCUCAUUCUGAUGCGAUCAAUGUGCAGAAACAAGCCUGCAUGUUGUUGAGAAACCUGGUGGCGCGUAUGCAUAACUACAGCCAACCUAUCUUGGAGAUGGGAGCAGAGGUGCUAAUUGCUCAGGCCGUGCAGACGCAUCAAGACUGUGGGGAUGUGGGUAAAGCGGCCCUCAGAGAUCUGGGAUGUCAGGUGGAGCUUCGAGAGCUGUGGACUGGCAAACAUGGCAGCCUUGCCAACUGAGAGAGGAGCAGAGUAUCACUGCACAUCAUACACAUUUAGUCACUAGGAAAUGCUGUGGUCUUGGUACAUGGCUUUCAUGCACAGUACCUGAUAAAGAUGAAAUCUGUUUUGCUGUAUGUUUCUGUAUGGUGAC